UGAGCUUUGUUAAAAAGUAAGGUCGUAUAUUGAUUUGUCCUUGAAGGGAGAGAGUUUGUCGAGCUGGUGACAAUGGUUGGGCCAAGAAGGCCACACUUCGUUUUGUUCGGUUCCUCAAUCGUUGAGUUUAGCUAUGGUAAUGAAGGUUGGGGUGCGACUCUUGCCCACAUUUACGCUCGUAAGGCAGACAUAUUUUUGCGAGGAUAUCGUAGUUGGAAUUCCAGGCAAGCGGUACAAGUUCUGGAUCAAGUUUUUCCAAAGGAUGAAGCAGUACAACCAUCUCUGGUGAUUGUUUAUUUUGGAGGUAAUGAUUCAGUUCGUCCUCAACCAGGUGGCCUAAGUAGUCAUGUACCUCUUUUUGAGUAUGUUGAAAACAUGAGGAAGAUAGCUAUCCAUUUGAAGGUGAGCAUAGGAAGGACCAAGAAUCUUAGAGGGAAAGCAAACAUUGAGUCUUACCCGAGCCUUUCAGAGAAGACGCGCAUAAUAUUUCUUACUAGUCCUCCGGUGAAUGAGGCUCAAAUUCUAACAAUGCUGGGUACUAAGGGUCGCACAAAUGAAUGGUGCCAAAAAUAUGCAGAUGCUUGUGUAAAUUUAUGCCGAGAGAUGGGGAUUAAGGCUAUUGAUCUUUGUGCCGCAUUUAAGCAGCAACAUGAGUGGGCAACAACCUGCUUUACAGAUGGGAUACAUUUAACACCUGUUGGAAGCAAGAUUGUGGCUAAAGAGAUACUGAAAGCGGUUAAGGAAGCCGACUGGAAACCAAGUUUGCAUUGGGAGUCUUUGCCUACGGAGUUUAUAAGAAACAAGCUUUAAAAACUUGCACUUUAGCUUACAUGAGUUGUACCGUACUUGGAUGGAAUGUCAAUGCCAAAUGAACAAAACUUCUUUAGGAAUUAAUAAUGUAAAAUAAAAUAUCAAAAUAUUAUGGAGUAAAUUUUCCAUCGUUUCUUCCGGACAUGUUCGUCGCCAUCA